UCUUUGUGAGCAGCAAGUUGUGCGUUGACGAACCCUCUACCAAUGGCUGGAUUUUUCAAGUGAGACGGUCCCUCAAAUUGAAUAUAGUUCAUUCUUCUCUCCGGAAACAUAAUUUAAAAGAGAGUGCAAGAUGGUGCAGCUUCACGGUCGGCUCGAGCUGGUGGUGGUGGAGGCCAAGGGUCUGUUUAGCCGCCACGUCAUCAACCCAUAUUGCAUCGUCGAACUCGUUGGUCCGAAGUCAGUGACAGAAAUCGCCAAAACUUCAUCAAUCGAAGAUCAUUGUAAUCCGAAAUGGCUAACAAAUAUAUGCAUCGACAUUGAUCAAGAUUUAACUGAAAUUCGUUUUAUCGUUAAAGACAAGAGCCUCUUCCGCGACGACAAGCUAGGAAGCUGUAGUUUGGAUGCAAGCUGCAUUGGUCCUGAUCAGCAAAUGGUAACACUCGCAUUGUUCAACAAGAAAACCCCCGAUGCUGGGCAAUUAGUGGUGAAAGUGAAACUGAACUCAACAGGAUCAACGUCCCCAAGACGAAUGUCCAAAGCCGAGAAACAGAAAGGCUGCAUUGCAAAGAAGAUUGAUGAGAAUCUGAAUGAUACGGCGACAUUUUUGCAUGGAAAACUUGACGUGACCGUGAAGGAAGCCGAGCAACUCCCAAAUUUCGACUCGUCGCUUCUGAACAGAAAAAAUAAAAGCGACCCUUUCGUAGUGGUUGCUGUUCAAAAUUCUAAUGGAGAAAUUUAUAAACUCGCGCGAACUGAAACCAUUGAUGACAACUUGUGCCCAAAAUGGGAUCAAUCUUUCAGUGUGGAUGUUUGCCACGAAGUUGCUAAGGUAAUCUUUAUCGUUUACGACGAAGAUAUUGUGAAACAUGACAAAAUGUGUUCCGUGGAAGUUCAUGUCAAUGAAAUCGAAGAUGGAACUUUAAUUUCUGAUCAGAGACCCUUAUACAAAAAUAAAACCAAGGAAGCUGGAAAACUCACUUUUACUCUCAGGUAUACGAAAAUUUCAGAUGAGCCUUUAUUUUCAGUACCAAAGUGCGUGUUUCCAGGGCGCAUCGAAAACAACGUCAAACUUUAUCAGGACGCGCGCUGCGAAAAACUCCCUUGUACAAUUCUGGACUCGUUAGGACGGCCUUACAGUCCCAACAACGCCUGGAACGACAUUCGUGACACCCUCGCUGGAGCCAAGAAAUUUAUUUGCAUAGCUGGAUGGAGCUUGAAUGCGAGUAUAGUUCUUGUGAGAACUGAAUGUGGAAAUGGAGAAACAAUUGGCAAAAUACUGCUGGAACGAGCUGACGAAGGCGUGGAUGUGCGUUUGUUAUUAUGGGAUGAAGGCGACUCGCAGGACUCCAAAAAAGAUACUGCUAAGGAAUUUUUCAAAGAGUCCUUGGUGAAAGUUGAUUGUGUUGCGCGAAAAAAGUCUAAGAAAGACACACUAUACAAGGAUGCUGCAUAUUCAAAGUUUGGAUUUUCACACAGUCAAAGGUGCCUAAUUGCUGAUCAGGUCGUCGAAAAAAGUCCGGGGCUGAGGAAUGUUGUGGCUUACGUAGGUUGCUUUGACCUCGCCCAAGGCAGGCACGAUAAUCCAGAACACAAACUAGGACACAAUGGAGAAUGUGAAUCAAAAAGUCAGUUUUAUAACAACCUGAUAGCAACCAUUACCAGGUCGAGCUCCAAAUCACCGUGGCAUGAGGUGAUGUGCAAAGUGGUUGGGUCUGCGGCGCUCGAUAUUUUAACUAAUUUCCAGGAUCGAUGGGAAACCGAAGCAGUCGUAUCUGAUUCUGACUUCCAGCUGUGCCGAUCAUCUGGAAUAUUCAGCAGCUAUACAUACGACUCUCUUGACAGCUGGAACGUUCAGAUGUUUCGGUCUGCGUCGGAAGAUUCUGUGCCACUCGCCUCUUCUGACAAUAUCUACACGUAUGCAGGCAUCAGAGUUGAUAACAGUCUGUACAAGGCGUACCUUCAUCAGAUUCGCCGCUCAAAGCGUUUCAUUUACAUGGAAACGUCAUGUUUCAUCGGCAGCAGUCACUUCUGGGAAGAUUGUAGUGAUAUACAGAGUAAAAAUCUGAUUCCCAUAGAAAUCACUUUAAAAAUUACUCAAAAGAUAAAAGAAAACAAGCCUUACAGAGUAUACAUUGUGUUGUCACUUCACCCAGAAGGAAAUCCCGAUGACAUGAUGAACCAGGAAAUCCUACAUUGGCAAUACCACACUAUGGAAAUGAUGUACAAGAGAAUUAGUAAUGCCAUUCAAGAACAAGGCCUCGACGCUCAUCCACAAGACUACCUUCUUUUUCUCAGUCUCGGGAAGAGAGAAGAGUCCAAUGCGACACCCAAACUUUUGAAGCAACUUUCUGAAGACACGUCGUUGCCUAGUCCCCACAUCGUGAAAAACAAACGAUCCUACAUAACUGUAAACUCCAAGCUUGCCGUCUUCGACGAUGAGUACAUCAUCAUAGGAUCAGGCAACAUCAACGACCGUUCAAUGGUUGGCUUCAGAAACACCGAGCUUGCCAUUGGAGCGCACCAGCCAAGGAUCGGUGCCUCCGGGCAAGUAUCCAUAUUUCGAAAAUGUCUAUGGGCAGAACAUCUCGGUGAAAAAGCCCCACUUGACUUAGAUCCUAGUCAACCCUUAUGCAUGCAAAGAGUACAUCAGCUCGCCGAGGAUUGUCUCAAAUCUUUCCUUGACAUGAGUGUUCCUCCUACUUCAUGCCACAUGCUGCUGUACCCUGUCGCAGUCGAGCGUUCUGGCUCAAUUGUGUCCAGGCUUGACUGUGAGAAAUUCCCCGACACUAAAGCGUCGGUGCUUGGCACGCGUUCAAAAAUAAUCCCAGAUUCUCUAACAACUUGAUUUCGGGUAUAUUCGAGUUGAAAGUCGAAGCUUUGUUGUGUUGAUUACCGUAGAGAAAACAAUUGUCUGAAUUUUAGAUAGAAUCAAAUUAUGUUGGAUAGGGCGGCUCAUCCAAUCGGCAAUUAUUGAAAAAAAAAUCAAUGGCGAAUAAAUCUGCUACUUCAGAUCGAGAAGAAAAGUGUUGCGACGAUUUAUUGGCGUAUGGAAGAGUGUAAUGCAUUCAAAGAUAAAAUGAAUGACCGGUUCAACAAAAAUUAUGAAAUGACCGCCAAAUUUGUUAUGAAAUCAAUUGUACCAACACAGGUGCAUUCAUUCCUUGCCUUGCCUUCUCGGGAGAAUGCAGUUUAUUUACAGAAAAUAUUACUUUUGUUUAAUAGUUGAGAGACAUUUUAUCAGAAAGAUUUACAUAUAAGUAUGCAGUGACACGUCGCCAAAAUGAUAAAUUAACCGAUGACAAAUAUUGCAUCGCUAUCUUCAUGUAAAAAUGUAAUCUCUAAACAUUAUAAGUGAAGUAUAUUUUUCUAUAGCAGUUUCAAUCGAAAAAUGUAAUCUCUAAAUAUUUUAAGUGAAGUAUAUUUUUCUAUAGCAGUUUCAAUCGACAAGCAUACCAUUGGACACCAAUCUAUUUAAAAAAAUUAAUUUUAAUUCAGAAAUUCAUCCAUUUCAUUAUCGUUUAAACCGGCAUUGUUCCGUCACAGACGAAAUGAAGAGUAUUGAACACCACCAUUUCAUGAUCGAAUCACUGCUCGAUCACACCAAAAGUUCCUUAGAAUAUAUUUUCUCCCAUUAGAUAUAUGACACUGUUCUAAACUUGAAAAUUAAAUUAGCUUAUAAGAUGUAUCCUUUCAUCAUGAAUCAGCCAAGUGUCUUAACUAUUCUACUGUAGUGUUAUGGCAGUAAUUGUUAUGAAGAAGUUGAAGUUAUUCAAUUCAAUUGGCUUCAUAACAAUGAAGAAGUUGCAACUUCUUCAUUUUUAUGAAGAAGUUGUGAGCUGUGGUGGUG